AUGCUCAUCGUAGUUUGGGGUCUCCUGCCAGGACUGGCCUGGCUCCUCUACACACGACUCGUGUAUCAUCGAAAAAAACAGUUCGCUGCCUUCCCACAACUCCCACCAAGCCUUGUAUGGGGUCAUUUAAAAGCCCUUCACGAAUUUGUGCUCCGUGGCAAGCGGGAUAGACACAUCGGAAGGCAGGGUAAAAUUAACAAAGAAUCAGACUCUGUUUUCAGUGAUAUCAACAAAGAGCUGAAUCACCCGCCACUAUUCCUGCUCGACACUCGCCCGGUACAAUCGCCUGCUCUCUGCGUCGUCUGCCGGCACGACAUCGCAGAUCAGGUCGCGGGGGUAUCCGCAAAAUUUCCGUUCAGUACACCCAAGGCACCAGGCGCAUCCCAUGUUCUCCGGCCGUUGUUGGGUGCCACAUCGAUUGUUUCAGUCGAGAGCAAACAAUGGAAAACCCUCCGGCAGCGCUUCAACCCCGGGUUCUCGCACCGACACCUCGUGAGCCUCCUCCCGCGGAUUCUGGGAAAGGUAGAGCAAUUCCAUCGCGCGUUGGAUGGGUAUGCGGUCUCUGGGGAGGAGUUUGCAUUCGGUGAUUUGUGCGUUAGUCUUACUCUUGAUGUUAUUGGGGCGGUAACAAUGGACGCGGACCUCCACGCACAGUCCAAUCCAGACACACAAAGCGAAAUCGUCAAAGCCUUCCGCGGGCUUAUUCGUUCCUACCGCAGCGACGAGUAUCACACCUGGGAGCUCUCGCGACUAACACGUUCGCACCGACGAGAGAGAUUGUCCCGGAAGCUGGAUACCUUAUUAAAAGAGCAUAUCCAGCGAACAUUCGCGGCCCAGCAGCAGACCCGCAAGAUACCGACCUCGCCAGCUUCGUCGCGGAGUAUCCUCGGCCUGAGCUUGCAUGGCCUUGAUAAAUUAGACAACAACCUCCUCCAACAAACCAGCGACCAGCUUAAGACAUUCCUCUUCGCAGGACACGAUACAACGAGUACGGUGCUGCAGUGGGCCAUCUACGAGCUGAGCCGCACACCACGGGCGCUUAGAGCUAUCCGGGAUGAGCUCAAUAGUAUCUUCGGGACCGAGUCUGAUUCCGUGCAUGAAAAGCUCCUUUCAGCCCACAGCGAGGAACUCAUACGUAAAAUGGUCUACACGUCGGCUGUAAUCCGGGAGACGCUCCGCCUCUACCCGCCCUCGGGCACCGCGCGGUAUACGCCCCCCGGCACGGGAUUCUGCGUGCAGAUGGACGACGGACAGAGCGUAUGUCUCGACGGGCUAGUCAUAUAUAAUUGCGAAACAAUCAUCCAUCGGGACUCGGCCGUUUACGGUCCCAGCAGCAACAUAUUUACCCCCGAGCGCUGGCUCGAAGGGACCGGGAACUCAACCUCGAUCCCGGCGACUGCAUGGCGCCCCUUCGAGCGCGGCCCGCGAAGCUGCAUUGGGCAGGAACUCGCCAACCUGCAGAUCCGGGUUAUCCUUGCGUGUGUGGUGCGACGGUAUGAGCUUUUCAAGGUGGGGCUUGGUGAGGUCGUGCGUGGUGAGGAUAGGGAGGGUGUUUUGGGUGAACAUGGACAGUUUAAGGUUAAGAGUGAGGUGUUUAAUAUUAUGCAGGUUACAGCGAAGCCGGUGGAUGGGAUGAGGAUGACGGUUGCGUUUGCUAGGGAUGGUUUAGUGUAA